UAUUUUGAAAUGAUGUAAAAAAAUGUUGAGAUCAAUUCAUCCGAUACAGCAGCAACCACAUGUCUUGCACAAAAUAAUAAUCAUACAAGAGGAAAGACUCAGACGCUGCAACGUGAAUCAUCCUGCUACACAAGUCUCAUAGUCUCCAUCAACAAAACUACUGCAUUGACUGACCCUUGAUAUUUUUUUUUUGAAGCAAGGGCGAGAACAAGACCUGUUGCAACAGGAUUCAAAUCUCAACUUCAAUACACAACUAUAUUCGAUCGUAAUUUUAGGAAAAGACAUUCGCAGCGCAAUAAUAUAAUAUAGCAGUGGCCCGUGCUGGAAACCAUGGCGAUUUCUACUGAACUAAAAAGCGACGUCAAAAUCACGGGAAAGGCUCCUUACAAGAAACGGUUGGAGGGGAUCAAUGCAAGCCCUGCAUUAUACGAUUUAUGGAAAAGUGCAUAUUCAACACACGUAACAACGAAAAAGGAUUCCUCUGUUGAAGAUUCGUUCCGAGCGUCUGCCACUCCCAGCACGAAAACCGAAGCAAUCGAUGUUCUUAGAAAUGCCGGUGACCCUAGCAAGAUCAAACGAAAGAAAAACAAGCCGGCAGUCGUGCCCAUUCGGGUUCUUCAAUCCAUCAGAUUGCUGUUGCCUCUGGCGGGUGAAGAAUCUUCGUCGCUGGACAGCGCCCUUUCGUCGUCCGCAUCGCUACAACUGGCUUUCACGCCCCCUCCCCCUGCACCAGAGCUGACCGAGGAGCGCAAGAAAUACCUCGCAAGGAUGGAGAAACUCCGUCUGAAGGCGGAGGAGACCAAAUACACCCGGAUCACCACCAACAUCAAAGACCAGCGCCAGGACGACGACAAAACGGCCAAAUCCAUGACCUACGCAGCGUCCGUCGGGAUCAAUAUGAUUGUGGCACCCAUAUCCUUUGGAGCAUUUAUCUACUUCUUCUCUGGUGGUGUCUUCGAUUACUUGUUCCCCAGGGAAGAAGGCGACGACGAGUUCGAUAAAAACCCUACAGGAGUCGACAUCAAGCGGGUCAUCUUGGCCGUUAUUUCGGGAGUGGGCAUGAUGAUUAUCGAAAUGGUCCUCUUUGUGAUAAGAUCCCACGAGUUCGAAACGCAUACAACCAAAAAGAAGAAGAAGCGGGGAGUCCAGCCGUUUGGGUCCUAUUCCGCAAACAGCGCCAUGACCUACACGGACGGCAACCUCGAUCGAAAAAUUAACAAGACAAUUGAUCGAGAGGAUCCCGCAGUGAAGAAAAACAAGUGAUGACCAUCGAUUGUUUGCAGUAUGCGACGUGUCGAAAGAGAGCUCGAAAGUCUAUCGUAAACUAACGAUAUUAGUCACGACUAGUUAGAUAAGGUGAUGAAAAAAUAUUAUUAGAAUAAAAUUCUAAUUGAAUC